GGACCGGACCAUCUGUUUCUGGUUUGUGAAGAAGAAAUCCUUUUCUCAGCCCAUUGUGCAGAUGGGCAGACUUCCAAUGAAAGCGCCACUUGCCUAUAAACUAGUAUGCCUCCAGCUCCCCAGGGUCCUGUGUACCUUUGUCUGUCUCCUGGGUGUCUGGACCUCAGGAGAUCAAAGUUCUGAUACUCAGACUUCUCUGUAUGGGGUCCAGGGAGGUUCCAUUCUGUUUCAGUUGAACACAAGCCUAGGAAAAAUGAUCCAAAGGGUCGAUUGGAGCCUUGACUCAAAGAAAAAACAUCUGCCUCUGUUCAGCCUCGAGCCUGAGACUGGGAAUCUAACUUUGAAGAAGAGUCUCCUCUGGAACCGAUAUGAGCAAAGAGCUCAUGUAACACCAACAUCCCUUAGAAUUGACAACGUCACUCUUGAGGAUAAUGGAAACUUCAAAGCCCGAAUACUUCAUGAAGAAGUAAUCAGUGAACAAAGUUUCUUUCUCUCUAUUUAUGAACCCAUCCUCCCCAAGAUCAAGAUAAUCUCAAAGUCCCAGACAUCAGAUGGAUGCAACCUCACCUUGGAGUGCCAGAUCCUGAAGAUCUCAAAUGAUACAACUGUAACCUGGGGAAGUGGAGAUAUCCCCAAGAGGCAGGAGGAGAGCUUAGGGCUGCCCUCCAAUUCUAGGAUACUGAAUCUGUCCCUACCACCGAACCUCCACAAUUCAUCUGUCACUUGCUUGGCUAAGAACCCCGCAGAGCAACAAAACUCGACAUUAAAACUGAGUGAUGCCUGUGCUGAGAAGUCUUCAAAUCCCCAAACCCCAAAGUCACCAUGGUUCAUUGGAAGUUUCCUUCUGGUCAUAUUGCUGGGGAUCCUGGGGAUCGGAUUGUGGAUCUGCAGAAGAAAAGAAAAGAAGAAAGAAGUUAUGGAUUCUCCAGAGAAUCAGAGAAAUAGUGAUAUGAACAUCCUAUAUGCAAUGCUCAGACCAAGUAGACCUGAGGACCAGAACCAGUGCCAAGAGGCUAGUGAGCAGCAUCUGCAGGAGGGGAAGCACCUCACCACCAUUUACAGUGAGAUCCAUAAUCCUCAGAUCAUGCUCAGGUAAAUGAAGCUGACCAUAGUGAUCCUACUCCUUCAUCCUCUCCUGGCUCUGUUCCUGACCUUCUGGGCUUCUCUACUAUGCCAAAUCGUGUUCCAUCUCCAUCUUUCCACUCCCCUACCCCCAUUUUGGUUCCUCCUCCCAACCAUGGAAGAUCUUUUCACUCAGUGGCCACCUCUUUCAACUGUAUUCCUCCUUGGAAUCUCCAUUUGCGAAAGAGGCCAAGGUUAGCAGUGGUGGUCACUCCUUUACUUCUUACAGGGUAUCUACCCUGAUUCUCUCCUCCAAACAUUUCCCAUUUAGCUCUCUUCUAUAUAUUAUCUGCCCUUAUUAGAAAGUAAAUAUCCUGAGACUAAGGACUGUUUUUCUUCUCUUAUUUGUGUUUUCAAUGUUUAGCAGAGCAAAUGUUUAGCAGAUGCUCUAUUAUCUGGUAGAAAUUUUACUAUUAUAGUAUCACAUUUCUCUUAAAUGUAGCUAUUCAGAAAUAAAACAUUCAUCUUGAUUUGUGGUUGGAAAAUUAUUACAAAUGGCAAUGUUAUCAAUGAUGCCACAUUUUGAGAAACUUUGUGACAUAAAGCCAAUCUGUGUAUCAUAGUAAUGGUAUUAUUGAAUAUAGAGUCAGGAAGACCUGGAUUCAAGUUUCAUUCAUAUUGACCAUGUAAACUCUCCAGGUCCUAGCUUUCAAAGACUACAAAUUGUGGAGAUGCUGCCAAUAAAACUAUAGGUCCAGUCCCUA